AUGCAUAGAACAAUUGAGACUGCCCCCAUUGUUGAUAAGGAAAGAGGGGUGGCAAAAAUCCCAAAAACUACUUUAGAAACUACUUCUAUCUUCAAGACUCCAGUGCAUGUCCAUCAUGAGCCACAGUAUAUUGAUUUAGAGAUGGAGAUGAUGGGAUCACUAUUGGAAGUUAACCUCUCUGAGGGUCACUUUUCCUCCAAGUUUAAUCCCAUUAUUGAAAUGGUGAGGUCAACAGGGAUUCCAGCUUCUGACAUCCAAAUAGCCAAUAUAGAAGGAAGUGCAAGUAGUCCGAUGGAUGAGGAAAUUGGCCCUGAGCAACUUGUAGUUAAGGAGGAAAUACUCUAG